AUGUUGAAGCAAGUUAUUUUUACUUUAUCCGCCAGCAGCGUCCUGGCCUGGGCAGAGAAAUUCUCUCUUCCCCUUGAUCCCAAAGACUUUGGCGGUGACUCGAUAAUUUCCAUGCAAGGUGACAAAGUUGUCCUGAUCCUGGGCCCCUCUGUUGUCUCCCCGGAAGUGAUUGAAAACAUGAAGACGACUUUCAGUCCAGUGUUGAGUAACUACGAGGAAAUACCAGACUUUGUGAACUUUGAUGAACAGAAUGCAAUUGCGGCUUCCAUGUAUGAACAAGAUGCCUACCAACCGGAGAUGGCCAUUGCCGGUCCAGAGUCUGUGGACAAGCAGGAACAUGUCCUAGUCCCUAUUCAAAAUGUUGAACCUGUCAUACUGGACCAUGAGGGUAAGGACAAGGACAAGGAAGAGGACGAAGACGACGAGGAUUAUGAGAAGAAGCCCUGUGAUAAGGAGAAGGGCUGCCCCAAGGAGAACGACAAGGAAAAAACCUGGGAAGUGACCGAGACAAAAUCUUGUACCACCACUAAGACGGAAAAGAAGGAGAAGACCACGACGAGUACCAUUUACACAAAACCAACCAAGAGUAAGGUUUCCCUCACGACGAAGGCCGUCAAGUACCCUCUCACCUACGUGGAGGGGAACACUACUACUGUUCGCAACACCACAGCAGUGGUCACGGAAGUGAACGGCUCGUCGUUCACCUCCCCUAUGAAUUGUCUACUGGCAAUCGUCUUGGGGGCCAUUACAUCGUUCAUCCUGGCGUAG